AUAAUAUUUAAAAUGGCUGAGACAAAAGAGGAAGUUAAAGCAUAACCAAAAGUAUAUGCUUAUGCAGAUUUAAUUGAAUUUGAAAAUAAGCAAGCUUUUAGUUCAAUAGGAAAGAUGCCACUAUCAACUAAAUAGACAUUGCCUAGUUAUAGUUUUGGUUCAGCUGAACGUGCAAAUUAGGCAAAAUUAUAUCAUAAUAAGGAACUUGCUCGUAUAGAUUUUGCAGGUAAGAGAAUAAUGUAGAUAAUUAUAAAGGUAAGGUGAGUCCAGGUCCUGUAUACAAUGUAAGAGGAGGAGAUCAAUUUUAUUAUACAUAAGAUGCAAAUACAAAAUUUGGUACUGAUGCUAGAAACACUUUGAAUACAGGAGCUAAGUUUGAUUAUUAUUAGAGAAAGGAUGUCGAUGUAAAAAAGUAUAAUAAUUGGAUAGUUUGAACCAUAAGAGGCAGAUUUGAUUAGGAAACCGAAAUAUCCAAACGUUAAGAUUGGAUUGGAAUCAAGAGUAUGAAAUGAUAUAAAUGUAGUUUCCUCCUGAAAAAAGAUUAAAGGGAACACCAGGUCCUUAAUAUGAUCCAGCUAUAAAACCAGAAGUACCAACACCUGCAUAAUAUUCAUUUGGAUAUAGAAGAGAUAUUCCAGGAGCAUCAGCAUUAGCUCCAACAUGUUCUACUCCAGUUAUAGUAGGACCAGGUGCAUAUUUAUAAAAACCACCUGCAAAUACUAGUAAUUUAGAAGAUGCUCCACAUUGGACAUUACCAAAAGGACCUAAAAUAGGAAAGAUUUUUGAGGGAUGGGAUAAAAAUUAAACAUAUGAUACAAAAUAGUAAUUUAUAUUAGAUAACAAGGGUUUCUGUUGGAGUAUAAGUAAAUUCAAAAAAGAAAUCUUAUCCAGCAUUUAGUGUUGGAAAAUCAACAAGAGAAGCUAAAGUUGGACAUUUUAAAUAAUUAAUGGUAAAGGUUCCAUCAAAAGUACAUAUUGCUCAUCCAAAAAUAUGAUAUUAAAAAAAAGAAUAUUAAUAAAGGAAUAUAUA